UUUGUUCAGUCCGCCAGAGUGCCUUUCUCAGGGUAACACGCAUUUGGAUUUUGACGUGUGACAGUAUAGAGCUGCUACCAAAUCUGGGUGCAGAUUGAUGGUGUAUCGAAAUAAAGACGGUUGGUAAUGAAACAGUGAUUAAAAUGGCUGAAAGUAAAAGUGCGUUAAUCGCGAAAUCAGUGCAAAAACAUGCCGGACGGGCGAAGGAAAAGCUCCUUCAAAACCUGGGCAAAGUAGACCGCACGCUCGACGACAUCUUCGAAGAGCACCUCCAGAACUUCAACAGGCAGCAUCAGCAGGCCACGAGGCUGCAGAAAGAGUUCAACAACUACAUAAGAUGUAUACGAGCCGUCCAGACCGCAUCAAAAUCUCUAAUGGAGGCCAUUACUGAGGUGUACGAGAGCGGCUGGUCGGGCCACGACUUGCUGUACGUGCAGGCGCAGAGCAUGGAGAUGCUCUGGCAGGACUUCUCGCACAAACUGGGCGACCAGGUGCUCAUCCCGCUGAACACCUACACCAACCAAUUCCCUGAAGUCAAGAAAAAAGUAGAGAAGCGUGGCCGUAAGCUGGUAGAUUACGACAGCCAGCGACAUAGCUUCCAGAAUCUUCAAGCCAACGCUGCCAAGAGAAGGGACGAUGUCAAGAUCACAAAAGGCCGCGAACAACUAGAGGAGGCGAAGCGCACAUACGAGGUCCUCAACUCGGAGCUACACGACGAACUGCCCGCCCUAUACGAUUCACGAGUCCUGUUCUACGUCAACAACUUACAGACCCUGUUCAGCGCUGAGCAACUCUUCCACAACGAGAGCUCUAAGGUGUUCGCCGAGCUAGAAGCGAUAACCGACAAGCUCGCGAACGAGUGCCAGCGCGGCUCCUACACGAAGAAGUCCAUCGCCAACAACAUCUCGCCCAUCUCCUCGCCGAAGACCAACACGCUCAACUCGCUCAACGGCAACGCUACUUCGCCCACAGACACCGUACAAACGCCCCCCUCCCCCGUGCUCAACGGCGACUCCCCGCCGCCCGCGCCCGCGCGCCACGUGAGCGAGGAGCGCGACAAGUCUCCCGUCUCACUCACCGAGCCUGCACCUCCCGCCGACACCCCCGCCCCGGCCACGCCCAUCAACGAGGCGCCCACCAAUAACAACGAGGACAAGAAGCUGGAGGAACUGUACGAUAUACCCGUUGGGACGCCGGUACCGCCCGAGAAGUUGAAUAAUAACGGCGAGGGAAAGAAACAAGUAGACGUAGAACAGAGUGUCAAAGAAAAGGACAAAGAGAAUGACAGUCCGAAGACGGACGAAGUGUACGACAUACCUGUUGGGGCGACGCUGGCCGGUCUGCCGGCGGGUGUGCUGUACCGCGUGCGCGCCACGUACCGCUAUACGCGCGAGGACAGCGACGAGCUCAGCUUCGACGUCGGCGACACCAUCCGCGUCGUGGAGUACGACGACCCCGAGGAGCAGGAGGAAGGCUGGCUAAUGGGCAUCAAGGAGGGAACGAACGAGAAAGGCAUGUUCCCGGCUAACUUCACGCGGCCCAUAUGAGGCGCUUGAAUAUCGCCUGCACCCUCGAGUUAGGUUCGACUUGCGUAUAGACUACCAUUUGACCGCCAUUCAGACUUGUGCCAAAAAAGUUAUGUUCAGUAGGAAAAAUCGUUGAC